AUGACAGUUUCUGCUUCUACCGCUGUUUCUCCAAUGCCACCUGCAGGCAGUUUGCAAGGCAGUUUGCAAGGCAGUUUGCAAGGCUUGAAAGUUCCUGAAGAAACAGAGAUUGACCUUGGAGACGUGAUGGAUUGGCCACACCGUCCUGUCAUGGUUCAAGCAGGCGAAGGCACUCACGUGUUUGGUCUAAAGGAGGGGCAGCCUCUGCCUUUGGGUGUUCCCUUUGAGUUUGAAUCCCCCCUAUUCAAGGGCAAAAUGCUGCUGAGGUUCCGAACGGCCAAAUCAGAUGAUGUGGCGGGACACGAAAAUUAUUUUAAUGGGAGGAAGAGGCUGAUGCAGACCGUGGUUCAGGGAAAGUUCAAGAAGACUGGCAUCAAAAUGAGCGACCUAUGGGCCGGCAGUAUCUUUCAUCAGCCAUUGGCGCAAGCUCCUCCUCCUUACUUUACAAAGGUCAUGGACGCUGUCAUUCGACGUGUCGCUCCUGGCGUACAGUUGGAUCUCGCUUCCAAACAACCAAAGGUCAUUGCUCUCUAUGCUGGAACUGCACAGACUAUGAGAAUUGAUGUCCCUGGGCAGGAGCCUGAUAUUACUGGGGCUGACAUUCCUGAACACUUUGCAACCAACUUGAAUCCUCAAGCAUCCCUUCAAGGAACAUUCAAGCCAGAAAAGGUAAACACCGCUGCCAAGCGGCGCAAGUACCUCGCUAACCCAAAAAAGGCAGCAAAAUUCUCCUUUGAAACCGAUAAAAUAUACACACUGCACCAGUUCGACGAUGCUAUGAACUACGGACAAGGGACCAUGCGCAUCCCUAUGUAUGGCGACUACGACAUCAAGCCUGCCAUUGGAUCACAGCCACUGUCUUUGACGGCCGUCACCUCUGCGGGAGAAACUCUAUAUUCCUUCCGCAUCUGGCACGAAGAGACCGUCAAUGGAAGCAUCUUGGACAAGCAGAGCAACCAACUGCAGGAGGAACCUCAAAAACAGUAA